GAGGGGGUGAAAAAUGAAAUAGGAUCCAUGUUUUGAAGUUCGUCAUCGUUGAGAUUUCUCGUGACUACCGCGUGAAAUGCAAGAAUCUGUCUGCGAAGAUCUCCUGGAAAAACUUUGCACCGCAGUACAUAAGGUCCAGGAGGAAUGGAAUGGAAAUGAUGUCAUUGGCGACUGCCUCGCUGGGUCUGAAUUGUGCAAAAGUGUGGAUGACAUCUUGAGCCAUGGUUUGAAAGAAGGGAUUCUUGGUUGGGCAUCUGGCUCCAAGGUCACCUACUGGCCUCUAGUAUCACGAAUCACAUACAAAGAGGUUAUCCAGGAUAUUUCAAGCCGUAAGGACUUACAUAGUGAUCAACAAAGAUGUCAGAUCUGGUUGAAACACUCAGUACAGGAGAACUCACUUGGAAGCUACUUAAACAUCAUAAAACAAGAUGAGAUGUUGCAGAGGGAGUUUUACCAGCCUUCUGCUUUCAUCUGUGAUCUAGAAAAAGUGGAGACAGCUAAGACUGCUCUAUUGUAUGGCCUUUCACAUCUUGACUUCAACAUUUCAAUAGCUGUUCAAGAAGCCGAUACAGAGACCAAAGCAAGUGAACAAGGAAUAUCCAUUAAACACGUCCCAGCAAAACCUGUACAUAUCAAUGGUGCCAAUCCCCACACCACCCCUGAAAGUAGCUACACCGAAUGCGACUCUGUGUCUUCUACUGGAAGCCUCACGAGACACAUGGACGGAGCCAAGAGGAGAAGAAAGAAGAAAAAGUCUGUUGGCGUGGCUGUUAUAGCUGACAGCUGGGACAAAGAUAGCUCAGGCAUGUUGCCAACAAUCGGAAAAUACCUAGGGAUUUCUAGGAGUGAUUCUGAGAAAAUGGAAACCGAGGAACGGCAGCCGAUGGACUUGAAAGAUGGGGAUGAUUGUGAAGAGGAAGAGGGGAAAGUCUUGUUGGAUACAACUUCGCCUGAAAAAGAUGCAGUGAGUGGGAGGCUUUCUGAAGUUAACAUAAAAAAUAAAACUUCAAUGGAAACAUAUCCAGACCCUGAUUUAGAUUCACUGGAUGAGAGUAAAAAGGAUUCAAAUAAGUCCAGAGAUAUUUCUCAGUCACAUAAUACAAAAUUAGAGCAAGAUAUUGGGUAUGAUAGAACUAGAAUUGAAUUCAUUGAUGCAGCACAUCAAAAUGCCAAAGUGAUGUCUUCCGCGUGUGUAGAAGGUGUAGAACAACUUCAAGGUAAAGAAAAGAAUGAAAAUAAAAUAGGAAUUAUCAGCACAUCUGCAACUUUGGAGAGUAAGAAUAUCUCAUUCUCGACACCAGAAAUAGCAGAAAAAUGCCGACAAACGGAUAAUUCACUAGGCUACAAAGUCUCGCACGCUAUUGUAGAGUUCGGAACACCGAAAGAGGUAUCGUUCGAGGACUUCACAAAAGAACUUGAGAACUCAUUACCAGGUGGCGGAGAGACCGAGGACUUCAACUUUGUGCCUGGCAUUCACAAAAACAUCGAUCAGCAUUCGCGAUCUAGCAGUAUGAGCAGUUUUAACGGUUCUGGCUCGUUUAGUAAUGGACAGAGAACGGAAAAUACCAGAAGAACUUCUACGAUAGACUCGACCAAAACAGCGAGUUCUGCAGGCGGGAGUUUGCCAUCUGAAUCGUGGAAAUAUGUGACGAGUUAUUUUUUAGGGGACAGCAGAAAAGACUCGAAAGCCACAGACGACAUGAGUGUCACGACGGAGGAUAGUUUUAGCGAUUUGGGGAUCUUUGAUGAACUGCUGGGUAUUCAGGAAGACCACUUCUCGUCACCUGAGUAUUUUAUGGGGUUCUCCACCACCGAGGAGCUCCAGAAUGCCAUCCACUCUUGUAAGGACAUGAUCCGCGCCGCACCUGAGCACUCGGCAGAGAAGAAGAAACUGGUGGAGAAACUGAUUCAACUGCGUGUUCGGCUCCAGGAGACUGGGGAUCACCCUGAGGAAAAGCACACAAAUGCUAAGAAGGUCCUCGGCCACGUGUUUGUAAAGGAGCAAGGGUCUGGGCCUAGUGCCAUGUGUGAUCGCUGCGGCAAGUGGAUCUGGACCAUGUGGCAGUCUCUUUUCACUUGUCAAGCGUGUAAGUUUCACAGUCAUCGAAAGUGCCUUCACACUAUUCGCAGACCCUGUGCCAGCAAAAAGGUGUCGUUUGCGUCCACGUACAUCUUGGCCAUCUGUCCGGAAUCCGGACUGUCAACCCAGCAGUAUAAGUGUGCCGAGUGCCGCAAGAGAAUUUCUUUCCUCAAGGGUGAGUUUUCCGAGGCCCGCCUGUGUGACUAUAGCGGCCAGUACUUCUGCGAGGAAUGCCAUUGGAAUGAUCAGGUUCUUAUACCAGCGCGAAUCAUACACAACUGGGACUUCACCAACUACAAGGUCGCUCGUCAGAACAAGCAGCUGCUAGCACUUAUGUUGAACAAGCCGCAGUUGAACUUGGAGCAACUAAACCCAGCGCUUUUCAAGUUCGUCGGUGAGCUACGAGAAAUCAAGCGAUUGCGAGAGGAGAUCCUGAUUAUGAAAAAGUACUUUAUGUCGUGUCGAGCUGCGCUAGAGAGCAAGCUACUGCUACAACUUCAGGAUCGCCAGCACUUUGUGGACAACUCGUACCAGUACUCGUUACAGGAUUUGAUUGAUGUGGAGCGAGGCUCGCUCCUCCCCUUCGUCACCAGGGUCCACUCUCUUUUCUUGACGCACAUCAAGACUGACUGUGAGCUUUGUCAAGCCAAAGGAUUUGUCUGCGAGGUCUGUAAAUCAAACGAUGUGAUAUUCGCGUUUGACCCCCAUGCUGUACAGUGUUCGAAAUGCAAAGCCGUCCUUCACAAGGUGUGUUUAAAGAUGGAGAGUUGUCCUAAGUGCGAAAGAAGAAAGAAUAGAGUUAAAAGCACAUGAUACAACAUUUGCAAUAGCUAAAAUAUUAUGGAAUCCAAUCAGUCGUAAUAAAUAAAGACUGUGAGGGGUGGCACCCCUUUCGAUAAGUAAUAAAGCUAGCAACAAUAUUAUUUAUUAAUCAAUUUUACUUUUUACUAUCGGACACCAGCGAUUUAUUCCUGAAAGAUAAACCUUUUUUAAAGCAAAGGAAGUGAAUUUUUAAAGGUCGUAGAUUUUUUUCAUUAUAUUAUGAUAUUAUUAUUAUUAGUUUAUCAUUUUACAAUCGAGUUUCCAGCGUUUACUAAUUUGUAAAACUUUUUGCUUCAAGAUACAUCAUAGUUUUAAUAAAAAGUUAGUCGCUUA